AUGUCGCAAGCCAAGGAAACCGUCCAGAAGUACAUCGACGACAAUGCCGUCGUUGUCUUCUCCAAGACCUACUGCCCACACUGCAAGGCCACCAAGCAAACCCUUAACGACCUCGGCGCCGACUUCCUGACCGUUGAGCUCGACAUUCGAGACGAUGGUGCCGCCCUCCAGGACGCCCUCGAGGAGAUCUCCGGCCAGCGCAGCGUGCCGAACAACUACAUCUCCAAGAAGCACAUUGGCGGCAACUCCGACCUGCAGACCCUGUCCAAGAAUGGCCAGCUGAAGAAGCUCGUCCAGGCGGCCAACGCCAUCAAGGCGUAA